AUGCAGGAAAGUCGACCUUUAUCAAACCGGCAAUAUCAACUAGAUGAACCAGACGAUGAGAGCAGAUGGUCUCCUAUUCAGCUUGCCGCCGCACAAGGGAAUUUGUGCCAAGUACAGGGGCUCUUAGCCCAGCUAGUAGACCCUAAUGAGCCGGCUAAAGGUUACUAUGGGCAGACAGCCCUUCAGGCUGCCUCUAAUAAUGGACAUCUUGCCGUGGUCGAGAUGCUGUUAGUGGCAGGCGCAGACGUUAACGCUCCUGGGGGAAACAACGGCGGCAGAUCAGCGGUAGUACUGGCCUCUGGGGCGGGCUAUCUGAAUAUCGUCAGGCACUUAGUCUCUGCGGGUGCAGAUAUCCACUGCCCAGUCCACCCGUAUAUGGGCCGAACUGCCCUACAGGCUGCCGCCGAGGGGGGCCAUAUCGCGUUACUAUGCUGGCUGCUUGAGCAAGGCGCAGAUAUUAACACGCCUGCCGCUAGGACUCUAGGCCUCACCGCGCUUCAAGCUGCCGCAUUGAAUGGUCAUGCCGAUAUCGUGGAGAUCCUCCUACACCGCAAAGCCUAUGUAAAUGCCCUCGCCGUAAGGUAUCGUGGCUUUACGGCCCUUCAAGCCGCAGCUUUUGGAGGCCACCGCCUGAUUGUUCGUCAACUGCUAGAUGCAGGAGCCGAUGUGAAUGCUCAAGGCUCAUAUUAUAAUGGGUAUACAGCGCUUUCGGCAGCGGCAGAAUGCGGCCAUGAUGAGAUUGUCCGGAUGUUGCUCGAUGCUGGCGCAGAUGUCUCCCUCCCAACGGGAAAUAAAAAGUGGACAGCGGCUCGGAUUGCGAUCUUCCGAGGGCAAAACGCCGUCACGCAAAUUUUCGAACAGAUUAAGCAGACGAGCACAGCUUUCCCUGAUGUAUAG